AUGGGUGGACCGAGCAACUAUCGGAGGCGUAAGGGCCCACCCUCCGGCGUCCCGGUCAUCUUCAUUCCCGGCAACGCAGUCGAUUUCAACGAGGACCUGUCCGCAUUGCAUGCCCCAACCCUCCGCUCUCAAGCCGAAUUCCUGGUCAAGGCCAUUGCUCGCGUGCUCAAGGCUUACGAUCAUCUCUCCGUUGACGAGCGCCCAACCAAAGUGACCCUUCUCGGACACUCGAUGGGUGGGAUCGUUGCCCGCCUGGCGACAACAUUGGCCCAACCGACAAUGUGGCAGCCGUCCCCUGUGGAUGUCAUUAUCACAAUGUCGACGCCGCAUCUGCAGCCUCCGGCACCUCUGGACCACGAGAUGGAGCGGGUCUAUGGCGAGAUCAACUCGGUGACGUAUUCCGACCCUGCGCCGCUCCUCGUCUCAAUCUGUGGCGGGGCUUCGGACAUCCAGAUCGUGUCAGAUGCUUGUGCUCUGUCGGACAAUCUCGUCGGACCUGAUGACGGCUUCGCUGUGUUCUCAACAGGAAUCCCUGGCGUGUGGACGGGUGUGGAACACCAAGCAAUGGUCUGGUGCGACCAAGUGCGGUUUCGUGUUGCGCGGACAUUACUGGAUAUGGGUGAAUCGGCUUCCCGUCAAGGCAAGCUUGCAGCGGCGCAGCAGUGGUUGCUUGGGCGAUCUGGACGGCGACAGGCUCUGCCUACCCUGUACGACACUACUCGGAUCGACAACGUCGCCUCCAGCAUGUCUGUCCUGGUCAAGGUGACGUACCCUAAUGAGCGGUCCCUAGUCGACCCACCUCUUGCCGCUCAAUUCUGCCGCGCGGAAGAGUCUGACGAUCGAUCGGCCGCUUCGACACAUCUCGCUCUCCAUUUCCUGUCACCGAGGAUUUCUGCUGUUGUGGCGUAUCGAUUGACCGUGGAAACCGAGCAAUGCUCAGAUCGUAUGCCGACUGUGCGAUACAGUUCGUCGCCGGGCACACCCUUCUACGGCCCCUCACACGAGUCACGUUUCUUUCCGCUCCAGGACGGCAGCGUUACUUUGCACUCUCAUAUCAGUGGCUCGCCCUUCCAGGGAUACCCCUACUCAACCCAAGGCAUUAGCAUCGACGUUUUCCAACAUCCAAAGUGUCAAAUUCGAUCCAUCAGCUUGUCGGUGGACCCUUACGCCUCCUUGGCAAAGGCCACGCUACGCCUGCGGAUUGCCGUCUUUACCUGGUGCAUUGGCUGGGUUGCGACUAUUAUGUUCUUCCAGUUGACCCAGUACGCCUCCAAGGGCGCUCUACCGUCGUUUUCCGACGUCGUCGACGAUUACAGGGCAGCGAUGUGUUUUGGAGCCGCUGGCGUGUCCGCAGUUGCGCUUAUUAUCCAACAUGUUGGCGCAGCUCUUGAGCUCCCUACAGACGGCCUCUUUCUGGGCCUCACGCGCGUGACUUACUUGCCGCUUAUGCUUCUAGCUGCGAUGUGGUCGUGGGCAAGUGUGGCGCUGGUCCACAUCCUGCAGCUAAUCUUGUUGAGCAUUCUCGGUAGAGUUAUUCAGCCCCCACAGAAGAAAAGCGAGCCUCAGGUGGACAAGACGCCCAGCAGAUCGGCCAUUGGGUCUCGUAUGGCACUGGGCCUCCUUGUACUGGGCCUCAUACGCUUCGUCAUACCAUACCGCCUCGCGUUCGGCAUACUCUUCCUAUUUCAAUUCACACUCACUGCAUAUGCCUCGGCCGAAGGCUCCUCAUCUCGACUACAUCUCUUGGAGACUGUGCUCCUGCUCAUGACUUUGCUUCUUCCGAUCAAUCUCCCGUCUCUUGCUGUGUGGGGCAAGAACGUCUGGAUUCACGGCCAGCACCCAUUCCCAGAAGACCGCGCGAUCCUGCCCAUACUACCAGUUCUGGUGAUGGUAGUGCGGCAAGCCGCCAAGUGGACCGCCGCAUUCGUUGCGGUGGUGGCGUUCAUGUUUGCUCCCAGUCGCCCGUACAUUGUGGGGUCAACUGCCAAUGUGGCGUUCAUUAUCGCCAGCGUCCUCAUGGUCGUGAACACAAGUUCGGCAGAGGAAGCCCAACGUUGA